AGGGCACGCCGUACAGAGUUUACUCACUAAACAGAGGAUUUUGAUUCCAAUCCGAAUCAGCUUGAAGCAAAAAUCGAUCCAUGGCGAUUCUUUGGUGUCAACAACAAAAGGGAAUUCUCAGCCUUAUAGUCCCACUGUCUUCUUGUGUCAUGGAUUAGAGAAAGUGAAAGGGAAACAACUAAAUAAAUCCCAACAUCUUCCACCUUACCGGCCUUGAACAUUGAUAGCUGUUAAAAUGGAAGAUGCUUUGGGAUUUAUUUUGUAGUCUUUCCUUCUAAAUAGUGUUGUAUGGUGAUACAGCACACGAAAAUGGUUUCAGGUUUGUGUAUUACAGAUGCAAAUGUUUCAAGCUUCUCACAUCCUACCUUAUAUUGGAAGGUGGAACCCUAUGAUUCACUAUCCAUUUCUAUACCAAAACUUGACCAAAGAAGCUGUAACUGUGUUGAUACUUGUUACAAUUGAGUCUUUACUCCCACUAUAUGUAUCUAUGAAAUAAGAUUGCUUUCCACCGUAGAUUGAUCUUCUUAUAGACAAAGUGAUCAAACAUAGUAUAGGUGAGGUGAGGUAGGAAAGAUAUGUGUGAGACCUUAUCUUGUUGUAGCUGACUUUGAAUUUUCUUUAUUCUCUAAUGUAUUGAUAAGUGUGGAAGAAACAUUUUUUUGAUAAUCGAAACAAAGUGAUAGAGUACUAGAGAAUCAUCAUUAUCCAAACCAAAGCUUAUACAUCUCUCUAAACCUUUCUAGUUCUAACAAGCUCUUUUCUUGCUCCACAGUCAUUUUUUCUCUUUGGACUAGACUUAGACUACUUAUUGUAUAUACUUACGAUAAGAUUGCUUUGGUUGACUUGUUACUUAUCAAAGUGUUAUAAUUCUCUACUUUUUGUAAGCAAGGUUGCUUUCCAAAUGAAGUGACUUGUGAUACUCUCUCAUUUGUUGAUAGGUCUUAUUAUGGUUCUGUUUAUUUAAUUAAUGACAACCACUUUUUGUCAGCUCUUUUUUCAAAACUUUAACAAAAUUUUGGUAGUAGUUAUGUUUAUCUGAAUCUCGAGGUAGAUAGAUUUUGAGAUUGAAAAAGGGUAUUGGUCCAUACCCUUAUGGAAACAGCAGACAUGCAUGCAAUCACAAACUUCCAUUUCUUAAGUUUCUUCUCAUCUCUCCACCAUGCAUGUGUAUUAUACCUCUAUAAAAAACUCUAUAUCUACUAGAACAGAGAAGAAGCCUCCACAUCUUUUGGCCUGUGCAUGAGAAUGGAACAUAUCUACAAAUUCCAACAUUGGCUCUUCUUCAUAGGUCUUGGAGUGUUGCUGUCUCUUUCUCUGUCUGUGAAGGCCAAUGACUUCGAAGGUUCCAAUGAUAGAAGAAGCAUUGCUCUCAAGGCUAGAAGCUUCGUUUCCAUAAACGAAAACCGCACCGCUCUUUCCAGAAAGCUACUACUCUCUCCCGACAUUGGCGAUGGGACCAACAGAAUCGGACAAGAUUGCUCAAAAGAUGAUAUUGUUCUCUUUCAAGGCUCAACAAAUCCACUUCCUAGUGGAGUUCCUUCAUAUACAGUUGAGAUCUUCAACUCUUGUGUCUCGGAUUGCAAUAUAGCAGAGAUCCACGUCAGUUGUGGCUGGUUCAGCUCAGUCAGACUGGUUAACCCUCGAGUUUUCAGGCGACUCGACUACGACGAUUGUCUGGUUAACGAUGGUCAACCUCUUGGUCCUGGACAGUCACUCUCCUUUCAAUAUGCUAACAGCUUCUCUUACCCUCUCUCUGUUGCUUCAGUCUCUUGCUUCUGAUUUUAGAUACUAUACCAAGUUUGGUCAUUUCCACAAGACUCAAAAAAUGAGAAGUAUUUUGGUAUUGUACUUCAUGUAGUGGAUUAGAUUCUAACUUCAGGUAGCAGUUGAACAAUGUUGCUAAUGUUAUUGUCAAGAAAGAGUUAUUUAAUUUAAUGAUAAGCCAAAACAAACCUUCAUAGU